AGCAGCUUCCACACAGCACUACAUAAGCCCUGAAAUCCAGCACACAGUGGCCCAGAAGAAUGGUCAGAGCACCUCACCCCAGUACAUCAUAGUGACGGUUACAGAUGUAUUGACAAGUUAGAAGCAGGAGAACAUCUAUCACAUCUAUCAGCCACUCACUGAGAAGAGUAGUAGCAGAGAGAGACAGAGAGAGAGGGAGAGAGUCCAUUUGGUUGGUACAAUCACUGCCCUCACAGGAAAGUUAUAAAGGUUUGUUCCACAAGUCACAAGAUGCAGCUCAGCUCAGCGAGGUGUCUCGGCGGGACAUCUAGGUCGUAACAUUGACAACUUUGUUUAUCAGCGAUUUGUAUUUUACAUUCAAAAUGAGUCAGCGGUUGCUUUGUCAACUUGGAGAAGUACAAGCGUCACGUUGCAGUAAGCCAAAUUGAGAAAUCCAUUUGUCAAAAAGGAAGUGCCUAAGCCUUCCCUGCACAUGUUGUCCAUCAUCUUGUAGCCAACAUCCCUCGUAUGUCUCGUUUUCCCUCUCGCAUUUGAUAUGCAUGUUUACAAGAUGGAGGGAUUUCUCUCCAUCUGGGGAGAUUAGCUGUCCGAGGCUGUCGUCCCCUCCACAAGAUUUAAAGCAGAGACGAGUGCAUUUGUGUCACUUUCUCCCCCGCUGAACCAAAAAACACACAUGGGAUGUUCUACAGUGGCUUUCAGUACAAUUUGCAAGACGCAUGUCAGGGUUCUGCUCACUCCAAUGACAGUUUGUCAGAAUCAAGCUCACCAGCCCCAGGUGUGCCUACUCAGGUGGUCCAGCCAGUGCAGACCACCACUCAGCAGAGGUCAGUGUUGCAGACGGUGCUGCAGGCCGGUAAGAGGAUUCAGUCAGGACACGUCAACAACCUGCAAUCGGCACACAUCAACCAAGAGGUGGAGCAGGUGUACUCCAGCCAGGUGCAGUACGUGGAAAGUGGAGGCGCCGACAAUGCUUUCAACACAUCAGCAAUCCGGCCGAGCAGCUACUCUUUCUCCGACUCACCCCUCUACUCUCAAACCCCUCCCGCCUCCUCCUCCUCCAACUUCUACGAGGCCACAUCUAGCUCGGAGUCCGACAUCAGCGGCUCCGUCACCUCGCAGCCUCUCUCCUCGUCUGUGGGAGCAGCAGCUGCCACAAGUGGGGGCACCUCCGCGAGUGGGGGCGGUUAUGUCAUUCAGGGGGCUUAUUUGUUAGGAGGGGGGGCGGGAACAACAGGAGGAGGAGGAGGUCAGAGCUACUCCAGCCCAAAUUCACGUGCCCCUCCGGCCACUGUGCAGUGGCUGUGUGACAACUACGAAGGUGCAGAGGGGGUGAGUUUGCCUCGCUGCACCCUGUAUUACCACUACCUGCUACACUGCCAGGAGCAAAAGCUGGAACCGGUCAAUGCCGCCUCCUUUGGCAAACUCAUCAGGUCUGUCUUCAUGGGCCUUCGCACUCGAAGGCUUGGGACUCGGGGGAACUCAAAGUACCACUACUAUGGACUCAGGAUCAAAUCUGGCUCCCCUCUGCUUAGACUGAUGGAUGAACAGCAGCACAUGGCAAUGCGGCAGCAGCCAUUUUCACAGAAAAACAGGAUAAAGGCAGUUCAGAAAACAGAGGGGAUCACCAAUGGGACAUCAGGGGGGGCAUCACAGCAGCAGGCAGGAGUGGUUUGUGAUAUUUCGGCUCAGGUGCAGCACUAUCAGCAGUUCCUGGAAGCAUCACGUCCGUUGCCUGAUUUUGUUGACAUGAAUGUGCAAGCGCGCAACCUACCUGAUGGGAUCCUGCCUGAACACCUCAAGGCCUUUCAGACACUCUACAGGGAACACUGUGAGGCCGUUCUAGAUGUAAUGGUGAACCUCCAGUUCACUCUUGUGGAGACACUUUGGAAGUCCUUCUGGAGGUUCAGCCAAGGCAGUGACCCCGAAACACUCAACCUUCACCACGAGUCGGAGAAACGUCUGCCAAAAUCGUGCCUUGUGCUGCUGUGUAAGUUUGAGCCCGUACUACACUGGACGAGAGCGUGUGACAACCUGCUCUAUCAGACGCUGGUGGAAAUCCUCAUCCCCGAUGUGCUCCGACCCAUCCCCAGUGCCUUAACUCAGGCCAUCCGUAAUUUUGCGAAGAGUCUGGAGAGCUGGCUAUCCGGCGCCAUGAUGAACAUCCCAGAAGAGAUGGUCCGCAUUAAGGUGGUGUGCGUGGGCUCUUUCUCCCAAACGCUGCGUCGCUAUACCAGCUUGAACCACCUGGCACAGGCAGCCCGCGCCGUCCUCCAGAACUCGGCUCAGAUCAACCAGAUGCUCUCUGACCUCAACCGUGUGGAUUUCACCAAUGUUCAGGAACAAGCGUCGUGGGUGUGUCAGUGUGAGGACCGCAUCGUCCAGCGGCUUGAGCAAGACUUUAAAAUGACCCUGCAGCAGCAGAACUCCUUGGAGCAGUGGGCCUCCUGGCUGGAUGGCGUCGUCUCUCAGGUGCUCAAACCUUAUGAGGCCAACCCCGUUGCUCUGCCCAAGGCCGCCAAGGUCUUUCUGCUCAACUGGUCCUUCUACAGUUCGAUGGUCAUUCGAGACCUGACCCUGCGCAGCGCAGCCAGCUUCGGAUCCUUUCACCUCAUCCGCUUGCUGUACGACGAGUACAUGUACUACCUGAUCGAGCACAGAGUGGCUCAGGCCAAAGGAGAGACUCCAGUUGCCGUCAUGGGAGAAUUUGCCAGCACAGUCAAGAGCCGAUCCACUCCGGACCUGGAAAAAGAUGAGGAAGAUGAGGACGAAGAUGAGGAGAGCGAGGAGGAGAGCGCAGAUCUGGUCUUGCAGUCCAGCUCUCUGAGCAUGCUGGAAGACAAGGAGCUGUUGGAGCCGCCCACCAAGCAGCCCAGGACCGAUUUAAGCCUGCACACUCUGACAGACACACACAACACACCGUCUUAGAGGAAAACACACACACACACACACACACACACACACACACACAUACACACACACACACACAUGCCCACACUUUGCUUUGACGCCAUCAAUUCAUCCCAUCCCUUACCCACUGUCAUGUGCACUGCUCUGAAUUGCUCCAAGAUACUUUGGUGUUGAGUGUGUUUGUCCAGUGUGAGCAUUUAUAAGAAAACGGGAGCGCCAUUUAUGCCAAUGAUGUAGUCUUUGCUCUCUGUGUUGGCAUUUUGUUUCUAUUUUGUCAUGUAUUCAUGGAUGAUCCCCGUGCCUUCCCGGAACAGUCAGUGUCCAGCCCUGCACAAACGCCACAUAUUUACCUGAUAGACUACACACUCAAGACAUUUCCACGAGUCUCCCUUGCCCUGCCUUAAGCGCUAACCAGAUGAUGUGGAAAAAUUGUCCUUGUGAUGUCUAAAAUCACUUGCAUUGCCUUUUAAGCAAUGUCUAUGCAGGGUUUUUUUUUUUGAUCAAGAUGAUUGGAUUGUGUGAGGUCACUAAUGGCAACUGGUUAUGGAUGCCAUAUUUGAUUUACUUUCCGUACGUCCUUUUUCAUUUGGCCAACUGAAACUGAUACGCUGUGCCUUUGAGAGAUUGCUAGCCUAACUGAGCUUGUAUUCUAUAUCGUGUGUAUUGUUGCAUUUAUAUGGGGGUUCCGUAGCCUUGUUUUCAUCACCUUUGGUAGCUAUUAAAAAUUAUGUGAGCCAUGUGAUGGGGCUGCCAACUUUGCUGUUUGUAGUCUCUCCUUUGCCUAUCCUUCCCUAUUCAUGUCCUUCACCAGAUCACAUACCAAGUAGUCACUUUUUCAUGCAAACAAAGACAAACCAUCACCCAUGAUAAAAGGCAACUUGAAUAAGAUUGAUUCAUAAGCACAUGCGCCCUUGUACCCACGGUUACCAGUGUAUUAACUUGAUCAACCGGUUUAAUCUGUACAGUGUUUUGUAGUGUUAAAAGUUUAUUUUUCAUCCUCGUGUCAUAUAUUCAAAUUGUAUAGUGUUUGACCAUAAAAUGCCUUGGGAUACAUGUGGUAUGCCUACAAAGUACUAAGCCAAUUUUCAUGUAAUGAUGGACCAGGCCUGGAGAUGUGCAGAACUUUAAAACUGACCCUUUACAAAGAGCACAUUGUACAAGUUAGCUCAAUCAGGAUUGGUUAUUUUAUCAGGAUUUCAUGAUCAAUUAUUUUCCGAGAUCGUUUUGUAAAACAGUUGGCGCGUUUGUUGUGCAGGCAGAAAGCCACAGCAAAAAAAAAAAAAAAGUUAAAAAUGAGAUAGUUGUGUUAUUGUUCAUGUACUGUAAUGUGGAUUCUACCUUUAAAGCUUAUGCUGCUGUACCUUUCAACAAGAGGUUCUCUUGAUAGCCCUCUUUAAGAACAUUGUACAAUCUGUGAUCUUUGUAGCUUUAUUGUCAUUGACUACGAGGUUGUGAUUGCGUUCAAAUGUGUGCAUAUUUUGUUUACAGCAAGAGACUCCCAACCAGUGUGCCGUGGAACACUGGUGCGCGAAAGAGAUCAGCAGGCUUGAUGCGUGAAGUUCCCUUAUUUCACCUAAUUUGUCUGAAAUUUAUGACAAAUAUCUCAUCAUUCUACUAUCUGUGCCAGUGACAGAAGCAGAGAACUUAAAUGCUCUUCCAUUAGAUGGUAGGACUAAGUUACGGCUUUCUGCAAGUAUGAUUUAGCUUGGUGUUUAUCAGGCCCAGACUUCACACACUGAGUAAGUCAAUUCGAGAGUAAAUUUAGACAAGAUCAUUUUCAGUAUUCAUAUUUUUGUUCGGUGGUGUGCCAUGAGAUUUUUCCAAUGUAAAAUGGGUGCCUUGGCUUAAUAAAGUUUGGAAACCCCUCA